AUGUCUCUCAGCUCUUUCAGCUCAGCCCAGAUGUCAGGGGUGGUGGUGGUCUGGAUCAAGAAAGUUAGGUUUUCAAAGAAAGAAAAACAUUUAAAUAAUAGUAAAGGUGUACGAGAACUUCAAUAUAUAUAUGACAUCAGUCCUGUCCGUGCAGCUCCAGUGUGUUUGUGCGUUUUCACCGACCCAGUGAGUCUGCCGUGCGACCACACCUUCUACCGCCCCUGCAUCAGCUUUCACCUGCGGUGGAACUCAGCGAAGAGCCAGAGCCGCUGCCCAGAGUGCAGGGGCCCCUUCAGCCUGAAGGAUCUCCGGGCUCACCAUGUCUUGACCAAUAUGGCGGAUGCGGCCCGAGAGGAGGAGGAGGAGAGCGGCCUUGCAGCGAGGGGACCAAAGGCAACGCAGGGACGCACUGUAGCCGCAGAACUGGUGUGUCUGGAGCACGAAGAGAAGUUCAAGUUGUUCUGUGAGACAGACCAGAGGCUGGUGUGUGUGAUCUGCAGGGAUGGAGAAAAGCACCGGGGACACACGUUCACACCCGUGAAAGAGGCGGCAAAGAUCAGUAAGAAUGUUCUGAAGGGAGCUCUUGGGUUCCUGGUGAAGGAGAACCGUGAAAUGGGAGGACUGAACCAACAGCAUGCCUUUGAGAUGAUCAAGACCCAGGAGAAGUCUAAAAGCCUGUCGGCUCACAUCUCCUCCUGCUUUGAGGAGCUGCACCAGUUCCUGAGGAGGAGGGAGGAGGAGGUGAAGGAGGAGCUGGAGAGGGAGGAGAAGAAAGCUGUGGCGGCCAUGCUGAAGAAUGAUUGUGUGAUCGAGAACAGGCUGAUGAUUGGGAGAGAGAUGGAAGUGACUCUGCAGUCUGCUCUGGAGAUACCUGAGUCUGACCACUUUCUAGAGUGGUGGAGUGAGAAAGGCCUUCCUGUUGUUGAGGGGAUGAAGAUGAAGGACACAGCAAAACCUGAGUACAGGUCAAGGGUUAGAAGUCUGUGUGUGACCCCUGACUCCCUCACUCUCGGCCUCUACGAGACUCACCUGCCCUUCUGCAUGUGGAAGGAGAUGCUAAAGGUCGUCAAACCAGUUCCUGAGCGCCUCACCCUUAGCAGCAGUGAUGAUCCCUGUUUAAAGCUAUCAGAGGGUGGGGCCAGUGUCAGGCACGCAGACCGGAAGGGCGGCUUCGGUUUCAAGUACUACCGUGACUACGCCGUCGCCACCAACACCGUCGUCUCCACAGAGACCGUCCAGACAGGGCAGCACUACUGGGAAGUGGAGGUGGGGGGGAAGCUGGACUAG